UCCACUUCAGAAAACCCCGUCACAUUUUCCGGAGGGCUGAAUUGGGAAGAAGCCAACUCUACCAGAGGAAAGAGAAAAAUAGGAAGAGGGUAAACAACUAAACACUCAUAAAUCAAGGAGAGAGAAAACCACCAUAAAACCAAAACAAUUAUUCAGAAAAUGGCAGUUUCUUCCAGCUGCUGCGCUAGGGUUUUCCCCCCAUUUGAGUGCCGCACCGAGCCGGAAUUCUCCGCCACUCUAAAACCCGAUAUUCCCUCUUCCGGUGCCGGUAAAUACCGCCGCACCUUCUCCGGUGUCGGCGGUCUCUCGUCUCUCAUCUUGCGCUUCCCACCGAACUUUGUUCGCCAGCUCAGCAAUAAGGCUCGCCGGAACUGCAGCAACAUCGGUGUUGCGCAAGUUGUGGCGGCUUCAUGGUCGAACAAAGAUGGUGAUUUUUCUGCCCCUUGCGGCGGUGUUCCGGCUGCUACUGCCGUCGACGCCGCUGCCAUCGCCGCCGUUGAAGGUCCCGUCGAGAAAAUCGAUGGUAUUCCGUCGGGUGGUGAUGAUGUAAUUGGUGAUUGUAAAACUAACGGUUCUGGUGGUGUAGAGUUUUCUUCUUACGAUUUUUUGCGCUCCGAUGGGAGCCUUGCUAUUCAUGCUGGUGAACGAUUAGGGCGCGGUAUAGUUACUGAUGCCAUUACUACUCCAGUAGUUAACACUUCGGCAUACUUCUUUAAGAAAACUGCUGAUCUUCUUGAUUUCAAGGAGGGGCGUCAGACGAGCUUUGAGUAUGGUCGGUAUGGCAACCCGACAUCACAAGUUUUGGAAGAGAAGAUUAGUGCACUUGAAGGAGCUGAAUCAACAAUGUUGUUGGCAUCUGGAAUGUGUGCGAGUAUUGUCAUGAUGUUGGCUUUGGUUCCUGCUGGUGGUCAUAUUGUCACCACUACUGAUUGCUACCGCAAGACUAGAAUGUUUAUUGAGAAUUUCCUCCCAAAAAUGGGGAUCAAGGCAACAGUCAUUGACCCUGCUGAUGUUGACGGCCUGAAGUCUGCUCUGGAUGAGAAUAAUGUUUCUCUUUUCUUCACAGAGUCGCCGACCAAUCCAUUUCUUAGAUGUGUUGACAUUAAACUGGUGUCUGAUCUUUGCCAUAAGAAAGGAGCUUUGGUCUGUAUUGAUGGAACAUUUGCCAGCCCGCUUAACCAGAAGGCCCUAGCACUUGGAGCUGAUCUCAUUGUGCAUUCCAUGACAAAAUUCAUUGGGGGACACAAUGAUGUGCUUGGUGGUUGCAUCAGCGGUUCACAAAAAUUGAUUUUACCAGUGCGUAAUAUGCAUCACAUUCUUGGUGGGACUCUAAAUCCGAAUGCCGCAUACCUGGUGAUUCGUGGCAUGAAGACUCUGCAUCUCCGUAUACAGCAGCAGAAUUCAACAGCAAUGAGGAUGGCCGAAAUUUUAGAGGGACAUCCUAAGGUGAAGUGUGUUUAUUAUCCAGGCCUUCCAAGUCAUCCCGAGCAUGAGCUAGCUAAAAGGCAAAUGACUGGCUUUGGUGGAGUGGUUAGUUUUGAGAUUGAUGGAGACCUGAUGACCACAAUUAAAUUUGUUGAUGCAUUGAAGAUUGCUUAUAUCGCUCCAUCGUUUGGAGGCUGUGAAAGUAUUGUGGAUCAGCCUGCAAUCAUGUCUUACUGGGAUCUUAGUCAAUCUGAGAGGCUCAAGUAUGGUAUCAAGGACAACCUGAUUCGAUUCAGUUUUGGAGUUGAGGACUUUGAGGAUUUAAAGGCCGAUGUUCUUCAAGCUCUGGAGGCCAUAUAAGGCGCACUUUCUUCCUUUUUUCCUUGUUCUAUUCUUAGGAUGCUUUCCUAAUUUCAAUUCAUCGCUGUUGGCGGCUUAUAUGAAUGAUCCCCAAGUUAUCAUGAUGGAACAUUACGUUGCAUUUUCAUAAGAAAUCAGCCCCUUUUGUUCUAA